AUGGAGCACGUUGCUCCAGCCAUCUACACGCUCCUUUCGUGCUGGACGCGCUUCUAUAAAAUCGGCUACUCUCCGCAUGUUAUCUGGGACGAGGCCCACUUUGGAAAGUUCGGCUCGCAUUAUUUGAAGCGCGAAUUUUAUUUCGACGUCCACCCACCUCUCGGAAAGAUGCUUGUCGGCCUCGCUGGCUUACUCUCCGGAUACGAUGGACACUUCGACUUCAAGAGCGGCGAAAAGUAUCCGGAUAACGUCCCUUACCAAUCAAUGCGCGUGAUGUUGGCGAUGUUCGGUGUCGCAUUAGUGCCUCUGGGGUGGUACACAGCUGUGGAGCUAGGGAUGAGCUGGAGGGCCUGCCAUCUCGUUGCGCUAAUGGUGCUAUGCGAUGUUGCUUGGCUGUGUAUAUCGCGAUUCAUCCUGCUGGAUUCCAUGUUGCUUUUCUUUACAUUUUUAACGGUGUUCUGCCUUACUAAGUUCCACAACCAACAAUAUCAGCCGUUUUCUUUCGACUGGUGGUUCUGGUUGGUAAUGACUGGUCUUUCCAUCGGAUGGGUGAACGGCGUGAAACUAGUCGGUCUGUUCGUUACUGCACUGGUCGGCUUAUACACCAUAGAAGACCUUUGGGAAAAGUUCGGCGACUUGAAGAUGUCCUACCGAGACCAAGCGAGGCAUUGGGGUGCUCGCAUCGCUUGUCUGAUUAUCCUUCCAUUCCUUACCUACAUGGCCGCAUUCAAGCUUCAUUUCAUCAUUCUCAACCACUCUGGACCAGGUGACGCUCAGAUGAGCUCUCUCUUCCAGGCAAACCUUGAAGGCAAUGACUUCGCCAAUAACCCGCUAGACAUUGCUUUCGGUUCAAAACUGACCCUGAAGAACGUUGGGUACGGUGGGGGAUUGCUGCAUUCGCACGUCCAGACCUACCCUGUGGGCUCCAACCAGCAACAAGUCACUUGCUAUCACUACAAGGAUGAUAACAACCAGUGGAUCAUUCAGCCUCCGUGGGACGAGCCUGUGUAUGACUCCAGCUCACCUCUUCGGUACCUCAAGCACGGAGAUGUCAUUCGUCUACAACAUGCUCCGACUACUCGCAACCUGCACUCGCACAACGUUCCUGCACCUGUAUCGAAGCACAACAACGAGGUCUCUUGCUACGGAAAUGCGACCAUCGGCGACUACCACGAUUACUGGGUUGUUGAGGUUGUUGACGACUUGCAUCGUGGAAGAAGAGAAAAGGUCGACCGCAUCCAUUCGUUAACGACCAGAAUGAGGUUCAAACAUCAAGUCCUCGGCUGCUACUUGCGGGCAGCGAACGCCAUUUUACCUCAGUGGGGCUUCAAACAGAUCGAAGUCAGCUGCGAUAAGGAGAAUAACCCGAAGGACACCCACACGUACUGGAACGUGGAAAGUCACUGGAACGAACGCUUGCCACCCGGCGAUGCUCGUUACUACAGUUCCCCGUUCAUUCGUGAUUUCUGGCAUCUGAACGUCGCGAUGAUGACAUCAAAUAACGCCCUCAUUCCCGAUCCCGAUAAGGAGGAUAUCCUUGCCUCGAAGCCCACCGAUUGGCCGCUGUUGCGCCUUGGAUUGCGUAUGUGCGGGUGGGGUGAUAACCAGACCAAGUAUUACCUUCUGGGCACACCUAUCAUAUGGUGGGGCAGCACGAUCAGCCUCGGGUUAUCUCUAGUGGUCCUCGGGGUGUACCUCCUCCGCCAGCAGCGGAAAUACGUUGACAUGGAACCCAGGGAGUGGGACCACUUCUUGUAUGUUGGCAAGAUCGCAUUCUUCGGCUGGUUCUUGCAUUUCUUCCCCUUCCUAAUCAUGGGUCGCGUUACCUACCUCCAUCACUAUCUACCAACAUUGUAUUUCGCCGUGUUGAUGGCGGCCCACUUGAUCGAUCACGCUGUGUUCACGUCGCGCCGGUUGACGGAGAAGACCAAAUGGAUUAUAUUCGGAGUCAUCUCGUUCUCUAUCGUCGCAUGUUUCUGGUGGUUCAAAGGGUUGGCAUUCGGGAUUGAUGGACCUAUCAACGAGCAUUGGGGUCUCUUAUGGCGCAAGACCUGGAAUAUCUAUAAUCUGUAG